AUGGAUGAACUUCGACAAGCUCAAGCUAAAAAAUUUCAAGAGGCCCUAGAUAUGGGCGAGAUUGAAACUUGUAAGGGCUUGAAUCAAGAACUUGGUCUUGCUAGAGCUGCUAAUACUCAUUGGGGUUCACACUAUAAAUCGUUUAAGAACUUUAUUAGUAUUUUUGGUUCUAUUACUGAUGUCCUUAAUACUAUUGUUGUUGAUUCUGAAUCUGUUGAAGAAAAAGCUAGGGCAACAGGAUAUCUCAAAACUUGUCAAACAUUUGAGAUAUUGAGAAUGGCUGAAUUAUAUCCUGAUGAUUUUGGUGAAAAUAUAAUGGUUACUCUCAAGAAUCAGAUAGAGACUUAUAUUGUUGGUGAAAGUUUUUUUAAUCUAAAAGGACUUGGUGACCUUUCCGAGGAGCUAGUUAAGAAAAAAAAAUACUUUAAUUAUCCUCUUGUGUUUCGUCUUGUAAAGUUUCCAUUGCUCCUGCCGAUUGCCACUGCUACAGUUGAAAAAGGCAAUAAAAUUGAUCAAGAGUGA